UAGACCGACGUCCAGCCCGGCAGGAAAGAGCUUCAUCCCUGAUAGACCGACGUCCAGCCCGGCAGGAAAGAGCUUCAUCCCUGAUAGACCGAUGUCCAGCCCGGCAGGUGAUCCAUCCCUGAUAGACCGACGUCCAGCCCGGCAGGAGUCCCGUCGAGCUUGCACCCUCAAAUGGCCGAGGAGACCCUGUCAUCCAGCUGGUCUGACUGACUUCCUCACUCUCUCUCUGUCUUUUGUUCGGACCCCGGGAUGGCGCAGCGACACGAGUCUGACGAUUGCGAGGCGUGGCUUGUUAUCGUUUGCGCUUUCCCGCCCGAACCGAACCCAAGCAGAGGGCGUGCUGUCGAGUCGUCCUGACUUCUUGGAGACAUGUUGUCUUCCGCUUGAAUGUGGCGUGCGUGAGUCUCGACGGGGGUUGCAGAUGUCCAUCCCUGCGUACCGGCCAGCGAAGACGGCCUCUGCAACCUGUACGUGGUGCUGGCUACGAACCUGUUCGUCUUGACUGAGAUCUUCGGUCGAGACUGAGCAGAGCCAAUGCAGAGACGCGAUGUAUGGGGGGAAGAGCGGAUAGGCCAGCUAGAGACGAGCUAGAGACGAGCAGGGACGAGCUGGAGACCAGCAGGGACGAGCUAGAGACGAGCUAGAGACGAGCUGGAGACGAGCAGGGACGAGCUAGAGACGAG